AUGUUGAAGCGUUUUGAAGACAAUGAAUUAGGAGAAUCGAUAAGUCGCCGUGUUGCCUAUCAUUGUACGACGGAAUAUGCAAAAUCAUCGAAAGCAACAUGUCGUGGAUGCCACACGAACAUUGAACAAAAUGAAUUACGACUAGCUCUUAUGUUACAAGACGAAGAAGGUUAUAAAAAUACUGCUUGGAUGCAUUUCAAUUGUUUUUGGAAGCAUCCCGAAACAAAAAAACUUGAUGGUAUUCAUGAAAUACACAACUUUUCUAAAUUAAAACCUGCUGAUCAAGAGAAAAUAUCAACAGCAUUCGAGAAUUUAAAAGUUAAUAAGUCGACAACAAAACGAAAGAGAAAAGUAUCAUCUAAGAAAAAUGGUAAUGACAAUAGCAGCGACGAAGAAUUCACACCAAAAUCUAAAGUAAUUGCUAAGAAGAGUACAACAUCAACUAAGAGGAAACGUGAUUUGGAUGAGGAAUAG